UAUAGCGUAAAAUUUUACGUGGCGUCAUUAUGUCACGUACCUACGUUAUAUAGGUAUGCACGUCAGCUUUGACAUCGGUUUUGCACAUUGGGAUGUUAAACUAGACAUUGGCCGAUUCCGAUGUUGGCAUUUUUAGCUAAUAUCGGCCGAUUCCGAUAUGUUCACCGAUAUAUCGUGCAUCCCUAGUUGCUAGCUAAACUCCUCUUCGUGUGUCUCAUUUCCCAAGGUAAAAGACUUGGGUUGUUCUUGAUUUGCGGUGGCAUUUACGUUCCUUGCCUUUGCAACCAUGAAAAACACUUAAAAUGACUAACAGUUACACAUCAUACAUGUUUUUGUUUAUAUUGAACUGUCCCACUUGCUACUACACCUUUUCAUAAAUCUAGUGUGUGUUGUAUACAGAUAUUGAACUUGACCCACCUACAUAAUAUCUGUUGUCAUUAUUCUAGGAUUGUGAGGACAGUGCCAGCAUGUCUCUUCCCCACCACCCUGAUCCCGAACCUACAGAGUCACUGGGUCCUGAUUGUAACAGUGGAACUCUUGCACUGUUGCUGGAAGACUGCAUUAAUCUGCUGGGGACAAAUGCAGAGUCUAUGAAACUGGAGGAGGAUUGUGAGGACAUUUCCAGCCUGUCUCUUCCCCACCAACCCGAGCCCAAUAUGCCCCUCAAGUGGGUAACAGUACUGCUGGAAGACUGCAGGAAAUCACUGAGUCCUGGCUGUAACAGUGGAGCUCAGUGGACACUACUGCCUCUCAAGAGAGUUAGAGUACAGGUGGAGGACUGCAGGAAGAAGCUGGGGCCAAAUGCACAAUCUAUACAAGUUGAGGUUGUUGAUAGCAAAGGAUCAACUCAUCCAGCCCAAGACCCCCUCCCUCACACAGGUGUAAAGCCCAACCAACAUGGAGAGCUUGGAGAGAAUUCAUCUGCAUCAACCGAACAUGGAGAGAUCUCUGCUCCAGGAGAGCUUGGCGAGAACUCAUCUGCAACAGAUCUUAAACUAAAGGAUGCCGACAAAACAAAAAGACCUCACCACUGCUCUCAGUGUGGUAAGAGUUUCAAAACAUCAAAUGAUCUUAAAGUACAUCAGAGAAUUCACACUGGAGAGAAGCCUUACCACUGCCCUUAUUGUGGAAAGGAUUUUGCUCAAACUGGUUAUUUUAAUGUGCACCUGCGACAGCACACUGGAGAAAAGCCUUACCAAUGCUCUGAAUGUGAUCAAUGUUUUUCACGUCCUGACAGUUUUAAAUUACACCAAAAAGUUCACAUGAAAAUUCAUACUGAAAAGAAGCCUUAUUACUGCUCUGACUGUGGGAAGAAUUUCUCUCAGGCGAGUUACUUUAAGAUACACCAACGAAUUCACACUGGAGAAAAACCCUUCCACUGCUCUGGCUGCGAGAAACGCUUUACUACAUCAGCUGAAUUGAAAUUGCAUGAGCGGGUACAUUCAGGAGUUAAACCUCACCACUGUGCUGACUGUGGGAAGAGUUUUUCUGUACUUUCUCGAUUAAGAAGACAUCAACUUACACAUACUGGAGAAAAACCUUUCUCCUGUCAACAGUGUGGAAAAGGUUUCCCUGAGAAAUUUAGUUUACAAACACACCAGCAAAUACACAUAGGAGAGAAGGCUUUUAACUGCUCUGACUGUGGGAAGAGUUUUACCUUAAAACGUUACUUAACAAUUCAUCAAAGAUCACACACUGGACAGAAACCGUACAAAUGCACUGUCUGUGGGAAGGAAUUCGCACGAGGCAGCAACUUCAUAGCACACCAGCGAGUACAUACUGGAGAGAAGCCAUACUCCUGCUCCUUUUGUGAGAAACGAUGCUAUACAUCAACUGAUCUAAAAAUUCAUCAGAGAACGCACACAGGAGAGAAACCAUUCCCUUGCCCUGAUUGUGAAAAACGCUUCAGUGCAAAAGUUCAACUAACAGCUCAUCAGAGAGUGCACACAGGCGAGUUGCCUUACUCAUGCUGUGAAUGUGGGAGGGGCUACCCACACCUGCAAAGUUUGAAGUACCACCGGGAAAAACAACACAAAUUGAAAAUCUCACCACUGAAGAAGAAGAACACAAUGAAAUAACAUGAUGUGCUACAUUUCUCAUUGUCAAUCCGAGCAAGACAUUGUUGAGUCAGUUGAUACUGGAAAGGGGCUUUGUAUCACAGUUAACAGUGUGAAUUGAGAUGUUCAGCAUUAGGAUCCCCUUCAUACACCGGAGAAAACCCUUGAAAGGUUUCGUUAUGCGUUGAUCUAUUCUUUGCUAUUUAGGUGGCAGUGUACGACACAGGGCCAGUUUCCCAGAAACUAGUCCCGGAUUAAGCUAUUUCAACAGAGAUUCUCCCGUUGCGCAAGAGGUGUGUGAAGAUGCUUAGGAAUAAUUUGUGCACUGAUUACAGACCAGUCAUGUAUAGCAGCAGGCUGCCCACUCAAUCAUAUUUCAAUCAGUAAUGUAUUGAUCUUUGCUAUGUACAGCCCUGCCUCAUGUAAGCAGUUACUAACCAGAUUUCCCUCAAUCUGCGCAUAGGAUAAGAUGGUUUCUUCCUGUGUUUGAAGCAUUCAAUGAAAAGAGCACCUUCCCUACAAUCAAAGAUAGGGGAGGUUUGAUAAUGCUGUGGGGUUGCUUUGCUGCCACUGGUAUUGGGGGUUCUUGAGCGUGCGCAAGGCAUCAUGAAAUCCGCAGGUCAUCAGGUAUUUUUGGAGUCCAAUGUUAAACCCAGUGUCCAAAAAUGUGGUCUCCAUUGAAGGUUGAGGGUGUUCCAGCAGUACAACGACCCCAACAAAAACACACAAAGCACCCAGGAAUGGUUCAAGAAGAGAGACUGUUCUGGAGUGGCCAGCGAAGAUUCCUGAUCUGAAUCACAACCAAAACCUAUGGCGAGAGUUGAAACAGAGGUUGCUGCAGGUUACCCUUCAAACAUUGAAGAAUUAGAGCACUUUGCUACUGAAAAGUGGGCCAAACAUCCAGUUGAAAGGUGCAGCAAGCUCAUUGAUGGUUAUAAUAAGUGUUUGUCUGCAGUUAACUUUGCCAAAGGAUGUGCAACCAAGUAGCUCCAGGGUGUCGAUGCCAUUUGUCCAUGCCAUUUGUCUUUUAUUUUCUCAAUUAAAAUUGUAAAUUUAAGUUCACAACAAAAUUGGUUCUGCAAUGUUGAAAAACCAAUAAACUGUGGCCAAAAGUUAGGGAGUUAUUUGAAGGCCCAGUGCAGUCAGAAAAGUGAUUUUCAUGUGUUUUAUAUAUAUUUCCACACUGAGGUUGGAAUAAUACUGAAAUUGUGAAAAUGAUAAUGCCCUUUUAGCGUAAGAGCUGUUUGAAAAGACUGCCUGAAAUUUCACCAUGUUUUAAUGGGAUGGAGUUCUGGCCUCUGGUGACUUCACCAGGCAGUAAAUGAGUUAAUAGACCAAUAAGAAAGAGUUCCAAACCUCUCUGCCAAUAACAGCUAGUUUUCAGUUUUACACUCCCCACAAAGACCACUCCCAGACAGUCCUAGCAAAAUUCUUUCUUGAGAAAUGGGUUUUAAUUGGUACUUAAUUGGUAUCUAAAAAUGUGAUAUUGAGAUAAAAACAGAUGCAAGGAUGCCAAUAUAUUUGUCAGAAACUGUGCUGUACAAUAUUCAAAUCCUGCUUUAUGUGCCCUCUUGACUCCUGAAAAUGUUAGUUAUGUUAGUUAUUUUGCUGCUUACUGUGCUCCCUGUGCUUACUGUGCUUGUCAUUACUGGGAUCUUGUUUUAAGUGAUUUAACAACAAAAAAAUGUUUAGUUACUGAUACUGAAUGUGUGUUUGGAUGAACUGACAAACCUUUGUUUUAAUGUACUAUAGCCUAGAUGUAAAUAAAAGAUUCCCACGAAAGUG